AUGCAACGCUAUUUAAUGAACACGACCUACCUUCAGGGUCAAUUGAAGGAACUCCAUAUUCUUCACAACAAGACCGUUACAGAAUAUGGUGAAUUGGUGGAAAAUCUCUUUAAGGAGUGUAAUAUUUUGUGUGAUGUGAUCCCUGGAUAUAAAAUCUCAGCCACAUUGGAAGAUGAAGAUGGAGCUCAAGGGGGACGUAAACAGAAGGAAGUCUAUCAAGUGCAAAAACUUGAACAUGAGGUGUUAGCACAGUAUGAACACUUUCUACAACUCUUACGAAGACUUCAACGUAAAACACAUCCAGAACAACAAGCGCUUGGAAGUCGACUUUGUGCUCAAUUAGUUUCUCACGCUUCUGAGUUUAAUCAUGCGGAUAAACUCCUUUCAUUGGCUGUAGAUUUUGCAAAUGCAAAGUCCACACGAGUUGCUCAACCAGCAUUAAAAGCCCUUUCUGAACUUCUUGAUGGUCAGAUGGUAUCUGAUGCCACAGAGUCUAUCGUAUCAGCUAUAUUAAAUAUUGUACGUAGACAGAGUUAUGCUAUGAAUCCUAAAUUACUAAAUCUUUUAUUACAUAUUCGAGUGGCUCUAGUAGAUAUCCAUCGUCGUGAUUUAACGGAAGAAAAAGCUAAAAAUAAACGUCUUAAAAAAGAAGAUAAAGAAUUAGCUCGACAAAUGCAAAAGAGUAAAGCACGUAGAGAUCGUGCAGAAGUUGCCGUUAAACAAGGUCGUAUUCUACACCGUGUAUUUGUUAUUUAUUUACGUAUUAUGGAAGCCUCCAAGUCAUGCUCACAACACCACCAAACCAAAAUUCUUGCUCCCACAUUAGAGGGACUUGUAAAGUUUGCACCAUUGGUAAAUGUGGAACUCUAUCAUCAACUCCUCACCGCAUUAAAAGAUCUUGUAAAUGAUGAAACUACAUCUGUGACUACGAAACUUCACGCCCUUGUUGCGGUAGCCUCAUUGGCACAACGUGAUGCCACUGCAGCUGCGGGAGAUUGGCGUGUGGAUCUUAGUUACUUCCAUGAAGUACUCUUUCGCUGUUUAAUUGAUGCUCUUGAUAUUCCAAAGAGUGAUACCGCAAAGGCCCCAGAGGAAAAAGAGGAUUCUAAUGAUCAAGAUGAUGCCGUUUCUCAAGGAUCCUCCUCUUCAGCUGGUUCUCUCUCUUCACAGGCAUUUUCUAUUGCCAACUCCAUGGCACAAGCAGACUUUGUUCAAUCCAACGCUUCACGAGAAUGGACAUUUCGUGUAGGAUUGGUAUUACGUGCUGUGGAUUUGUUGGUAUUGACACAGAAACAUUUACCAAUUUCACGGGUUACGGCUAUUGUACGUCGUAUUACACAAGCAAUUCCAUCCUGUCCUCCUCAUAUUGCUCUCGCUUUACUCGCAUUAAAUCAUCGUCUUAUUCUUCGUUAUCCUGCAGUGGGCGGUAUUGUUAUUGGCGGUAGCGAUAAUGUUAUUGGUGGACGUGGUGCCUAUAACCCUAUGGCCUUGCAAACAGUUACUUCUAAUGCAGAUAGUAGCUUUACAUGGGAAUUGAGUCUCUUAACAAAGAGUUAUCAUCCCACACUGCGACACGUCUCGGAGGUGUUCUGUCGUCAUUUCCAUAAACUCUCCAAAUACACACAAGGACAGGAACCAAUUGUAACAAAGCAGUUGGAUGCACUUGGCCCAUAUGAAGUGUUGGAGUCCUACGACCCGUCAUUAGGGGAGCUGCGACCACCACCGCCAUUGCCAGAGGCGGUAAAGAGAAAGAAGAAUGGCACAAAGCGAGGCCGCAAUGAUAUGGCAGAAGAUGAAAAAUAUGAAAAUUAG